ACGGCGAGCUGCCCGAGUGGGGUUGGGUCCCGUCCGGCUGCACCAAAGACAAGACGACAGCACGGCCCUGGGAUUGGCCGCCAGUGCCAGCGGGUGCCCGCGCCUGAACUGCCCUCUCCUCACUCAGCUGGAGCGGAGCGCACCACUCGCCUGGGCCCCGGGUCCUCUGACCCGCUGAAGCUUCGCCGGCUGCUGGGAUCCCCGGCCGGGAUGCACUUCAGCACUGUCACCAGGGACAUGGAAGCCUUCACGGCCAGCAGCCUGAGCAGCCUGGGGGCGGCGGGGGGCUUCCCGGGCGCCGCAUCCCCGGGCGCCGACCCGUUCGGGCCGCGCGAGCCCCCGCCGCCGCCGCCGCCGCGCUACGACCCGUGCGCCGCCGCCGCCGCCCCGGGCGCCCCGGGCCCCCCGCCGCCGCACGCCUACCCGUUCGCGCCGGCCGCCGGGGCCGCCGGGGCCGCCAGCAGCGCCGCCGCCGAGCCCGAGGGCCCCGGGGCCAGUUGCGCGGCCGCCGCCAAGGCGCCGGUGAAGAAGAACGCCAAGGUGGCCAGCGUGAGCGUGCAGCUGGAGAUGAAGGCGCUGUGGGACGAGUUCAACCAGCUGGGCACCGAGAUGAUCGUCACCAAGGCCGGCAGGCGUAUGUUCCCCACGUUCCAAGUGAAGCUCUUCGGCAUGGACCCCAUGGCCGACUACAUGCUCCUCAUGGAUUUUGUGCCUGUGGAUGACAAACGCUACCGGUAUGCCUUCCACAGCUCCUCCUGGCUAGUGGCAGGUAAAGCUGACCCCGCCACGCCCGGCCGGGUGCACUAUCACCCCGACUCCCCAGCCAAGGGGGCCCAGUGGAUGAAGCAGAUUGUGUCUUUUGACAAGCUCAAGCUGACCAACAACCUGCUGGACGACAACGGCCAUAUCAUUCUCAACUCCAUGCACAGAUACCAGCCGCGGUUCCACGUCGUCUAUGUGGACCCUCGGAAAGACAGCGAGAAAUAUGCGGAGGAAAACUUCAAAACCUUUGUGUUCGAGGAGACGAGAUUUACUGCUGUCACUGCCUACCAGAACCACCGGAUCACGCAGCUCAAGAUCGCCAGCAACCCUUUCGCCAAAGGCUUCCGAGACUGCGACCCUGAGGACUGGCCCCGGAACCACCGGCCUGGGGCGCUGCCGCUCAUGAGCGCCUUCGCGCGCUCGCGCAACCCCGUGGCCUCCCCGACGCAACCCAACGGCGCGGACAAAGACGCGGCCGAGGCCCGGCGAGAAUUCGAGCGCGACGCGGGAGGCCCGGCCGUGCUCGGGGACCCGGCGCACCCGCCGCAGCUGCUGGCCCGGGUGCUGAGCCCCGCGCUGCCCGGGGCGCCCGGCCCGGGAGGCCUGGUCCCGCUGCCCGGGGCGCCCGGAGGCCGGCCCAGCCCCCCGCACCCCGAGCUGCGCCUGGAGGCGCCCGGCGCGUCCGAGCCGCUGCACCACCACCCCUACAAGUACCCGGCCACCGCCUACGACCACUACCUCGGGGCCAAGAGCCGGCCGGCGCCCUACCCACUGCCGGGCCUGCGCGGCCACAGCUACCACCCGCACGCGCACGCCCACCCGCACCACCACCACCCCGCCGUGAGCCCCGCCGCCGCCGCCGCGGCCGCCGCCGCGGCCGCUGCCGCCGCGGCCAACAUGUACUCGUCGGCCGGAGCCGCGCCGCCGGGCACCUACGACUACUGCCCGAGAUAAUGCGGGCCGGGUCCCGCACAGCG